CUAUGCUGGAAGUAUACGCAUUUAACCCGAGCAAAGGAAUAUUCCAGGCUUGUUUGAGGAAACAUACAAUGUGUGCCAUGUGCUGGUUGCCUGUUUAGCGAUGUUCGAUUUGUCUAACUUAACACUCCUGGAUCUUGAACGAACCCCGAACUCCGACCACGCUUAGAUAAAUAGGCCGGCGUCCUUCAUCAAGAAGUCGACUUCACCCCACUCAGCGAGUAUGUUAUGGAUGAGAAGCGACCCCCAGGAGAUUAUUAUGCUAGGGAGCCGCAAAGAAGAACUCAAUGGUCAAAGUAUUGGGCCAUAAUUCCAUUGGUGCUAAUAUGCUUUAUACUAUGGUCUGAGGCGAAGCUGUCACGUCCACUGCCGAGGAGUGCACGGAAUUAUAUUCAAUAUGACGGAGAACAUAUCAGAUGGGCGCCAUGUGGAAGUCUCGAAGACAUAUCACUCGAGUGUAGCAGUAUUGAUGUUCCUAUGGAUCAAUUCAGUACAGAUAAUCCAGAGAAUAAGACGUUUAACAUCCCGCUCAUCCGCAUGCGCGGCAGGGAGGCGACCCAAAAUCUCCUUCUCAAUCCCGGCGGUCCCGGAGCAGGCGGCUUCGACUUGAUGUACCGCCGAGGCAAGCAACUAAAGGCUUUGGUAGGUGAGGGAGUCCACCUAUUGUCAUUCGAUCCACGUGGAGUAAAUAGCUCUACUCCCUUGGCAUCGUGCUAUCCGGAUGAUAGAACGCGUCGCGAGUUAGCUCCAGUCAGAACUCAAGAUGUGUUCAAUGACAGUCCCGAAGUCUACGCGUGGACGCAGAAUUUUAUCAGAGCAUGCUCUGAUACGAUGGGAGAAUAUGCUAAGUAUAUCAAUACCCCUCAGAUAGCCGCCGAUAUGAACAGCAUUCUGGAUGCGCUCGGUCAGGAGGACAUGGCGUAUUGGGGCUUUAGUUACGGUAGUCUGCUGGGCCAGACAUACGCGGGACUGUUCCCUGAGCGAUCUAGACGAAUCAUCAUCGAUGGGGUUAUUAAUCAAUUUCAAUGGUACGAGGGUAUUUACGAAGCAGAAGCAUUCGUAGAUGCUGAUACUGUUCUGGACGGGUUUUUUGAGACUUGUAUUAAAGAAGGUGUUGGCAGGUGCUCUCUAGCCGCGCUCGCAAAGUCAAAAGAAGAAUUGCGUGAAAUAGUCCUCUCGAAUAUUGAAAAACUCAAGAAACAGCCGAUUAGUGUAUACAUCGACAAUUCUGCUUACGGCUUACUUGACUAUGAGAAAAUCUGGUAUAACGGCGUUUAUCCUGCCCUCCUCAAGCCUCAAACGUGGGCCACUCUGGCGGACAAUCUUCAUAGGUUUAUUGAAGGUAACGCAACAGACGCAUUUUUGGCUUACGGUGGCGAGUCAACUUGGGAAAUGCGACAUGAAUCCAAUGAAUUUAUCACGCUUAACGACGGUCUCACUGGCCCGGAAUAUUGGCCCCAGGAUAGGAAAUCGUUGCUUGAUAAGAUCGUGCCGUUUUACAAUCGGAGUCUCUUUGGUGCCAGUCAGAGUAAGAUAUACUACAUGAAACAGCAAUGGACCUUGCCGAGAACGCACCCAUAUCUGCCGCGCAAAGGGAUAAAGACUGCUCAUCCAUUGCUGAUUCUCUCGACUACGUACGACCCGGUGUGUCCCCUAAGAGCUGCCCGUUCAGCAAAUGAGGCUUUUGAAGAUUCGAAGAUAGUCGAGGUACAGGCAUAUGGUCACUGCUCUGUAGCGGUGACGUCAGCCUGCCUCGACAGACAUCUACGAGAGUUUCUAUACGAAGGCAAGCUGCCUCAGUCUUAUACGAAGUGCAAUAUUGAUUCUCCAUAUUUUGUCAAAAUGGAGGAAAGUGGCCAUGUAUCUGCUCAUGGGAAUUUCGAUAACCCGUAUGGCUAAACAAACCGCUUUACCCAGCUGUAAGUUCCAAGACAAUGGAACUAUCAAGGACUUCUCCGAUACUAGUUAGCAUAGACGCUUUGUGGCGGUGAUUUCGACUUCAUCACCUCCAAGACUAGAAUUGAUUCUAAAUUGCCUCUUUACAUGUAAAUUAGUGAACUAAUAUUAAAUAUGAAUACCAUUUCUUUGAUCGAA